CAAGAUUGGUUAUGGUUGCCUUGAAAUACACAGAUAUGUAGUUUGAUCUGUAGACUACUAAAUCUUUAUAUCUUUAUAAACAGCAAUAAGGCUGAUUUCCUUUCUUAAUGUUUGUGUGUUCACUGGAGUAGUACUUUUUAUCUCAUUCAAGAACUUUUUCUUUUCAUUCACAUCUUACUGACUGGUGCAAAAGGUCUAGCUUUCAACCUACCUUGGCUUUUAGCAUGCCUUCCUCUGUAAGCAUUAUCAUUUCUAGCUUUUAAUUUAAAUUGAGACAUGCUUUUAUUUGAAUAGUUAGAGGCCUUUGUAGGGUUAUUAAUUAGUAUAAUUUUAAAUUGUUGUGGAUCAGGGAAUAGGGAGGCCUAAGGAGAAGGUGAGAGACGGGGAACAGCUGGUUGGUGGAACAGUCAGAACAUACACAGCAUUUAUUAACUUUGUCAUCUUAUAUGGGCACCACAAAAUAAUUACAAGAGUAACAUUAAAAACUACUGAUCAUCACCAUAAUGAAGAAAUUUGAAAUAUUGUGAGAAUAAUAAAAAUGUGCAGCGAGCAAAUGCUGUUGGAAAAAUUGGGGCUGAUAGACUUGCUCGGCAGAGGGUUGCCAAAAACCUUCAAUUUGUAGAAAAACACAGAAUAUCUGUGAAGCACAGUAAUACAAAGCUCAAUAAAACGAGGGAAGCCUACACAUAGAACAAUUAACAUGCCCAAAGUGAUCUACUUGGUAAAUUGAGUGGGUUAUGCUGUACAUUGACAGCUACAAAGGAAAAAUGAACAGUGUGAAUGGGAAGGAAGUCUGGGAAGAGCUGUGUUCGACGUGAGUUCUCGAACGUUCUGCCUCUCGAGUUCAGUCCAUUUGUUAAACUUCUCAGUUCAAAGUUAACUUACUUAACAUCUUUUACUUAGUCCAAUGAUAAGUUUGAGAAUUAUAAAAAUUAUUUUUAGAAUCUUCACUUCUUUCCACUAUUUUAAAUCUUGUUGUGAGGGAUAUCUUUUAAAUAAAAAUAGGUGAAAAUACUAAUGGAGUGACAAGGCACAUAAGCUAAUCAUAUACAAUGUAGUUGUCUCUACUAGUUGUAACACAUCACUACAGUACUUCAGAUAGCAGCAUAUUUCUUUAUAAAACUAUGGAAGAAUUUCUCUAAUGCUAUAAUUCUCUUACAAUUUUUUUUUUUGCUUGGAUGCUUUCUGUAAAAAAGAAAAUAACUGAAAAGUUAUUUUUUCCUGGGUUUGAAAGAUGUUGGGAUGGAGAAAUAAUGGAAAAAAUUUUAAAUAUUAUUUAAAAUUUAAAAUUAUAACGAGAUGUCAGAGAUCUCAUUUAUAUAACAUUUAAUUUAGCAGAGAUCACUUAAUGAAAUAAGUAUAUUUCCUCAGCAGAGGUCACAGAUGGAAAAGUUCCCAUUGCUUUGUAGGUGCCACAAUGGGAGGCAUUAGUGCAGUAAAAUCCAUUAUAUUAAACGGUUAAUUAAAAUUAGAUCCUCCAGGAGUGUGUCGCUGCGGGCUGGCACGCGCCACCUGGUUCCGGAAGUCCAAGUGGGCGGGUUCCACUCCUGGCCGACCGACCGCUCAUGUCUCUGCAGAGCCAAGUCCCCGGCCCCCUGGCGCAGCUGUGUGUGGCGGGACGGCUGCUUGGCGCCCCACCCCCCUGGCGGGGCACCUUAGCCUGUGCCAGGCAGGCCCGCAGCCGUGCGUGCGGCCCUCUGUCCGCCCCUGACGCCAACGGGCCGCGCACGCGGAGCCCGGCGGGAGUUGGGCCGUGGGAGGCGCUGGCGGUGGGGCGGAGAGCUGGGGUGUGCACCUGGACCCCCCUGGCCUUGGCGGCGAAGGUGGACCCGAACACCACCAACUGGAGGGAGGCAAAAUCCUUUCUGAAGGGCCUGAGCGAUAAGCAGCGGGAGGAACAUUACUUCUGCCUGGACUUCAUCAGGCUGAACAACAUCCCAACCUGGAAGGAGGCGGCGAAAGGGUUGGCUCCGAAGGUGGAGGAGACCAAGUACAAAAAGGACGAGCAUCUGAACGAGAAGAUCUCCCUGUUCCGAGGUGAUAUCACCAAGCUGGAGGUGGGCGCCAUCGUCAACGCCGCCAACAACUCCCUGCUCGGAGGAGGCGGCGUGGACGGCUGCAUUCACCGGGCCGCCGGGCCCCUCCUCACCGCCGAGUGCCGAACCCUGAAGCACUGCGAGACGGGGAAGGCCAAGAUCACUGGUGGCUAUCGGCUUCCCGCUAAGUAUGUCAUCCACACGGUGGGGCCCAUCGUCCACGGGGCGCCCAGCGCCAGCCAGGCUGCCAUGCUCCGCAGCUGCUACCUGAGCAGCCUCGCCUUGCUGGUGGAGCACAAGCUCCGCUCCGCCGCGUUCCCCUGCAUCUCCACCGGAGUGUUCGGCUACUCCAGGGAGGCAGCGGCAGAGGUAGUGCUGUUCACGCUGCGCGAGUGGCUGGAGCAGCACAAGGACAAUGUGGACCGGCUGAUCAUCUGUGUGUUUCUGAAAAAGGACGAAGACAUCUACCUGCAGCGGCUCCCCCACUACUUCCCAGUGGCCUGACCAGGUCUGAGUCGCUGCACACCCUGACCAGGGCGGAGUCUCCUGGACCAGCUGGACCUUGUUCCAGCUCUAAGAGGUCGCUGAAGCCUGCAACUGGGCCUGGCCACCCCAUCCUGUCCCUCAGCCCCCUGCCCCUCAGAAGCCUCCUAAUAAAGACCACCCUUGUUG